AUGUGUAGUUACCAGCCUUGUUAUAAACGAUCACUCUUCGUUCAAAAUUCAGAAAAGUAAACUCUUGAGUUGACUGAGAGCAGAAAACGAUGGGAGUAUGGGAAUGGAUAUACUCAGCUACUGACGCCGUUAAACAGAAAACUCCCGACUUAACGCCGGCGACAGAAUUUGGCCGUAAAACCUACGAUUAUUGUCGUCACACCACUUCUUACGCCGCCGGCGGCGCCGUUGCGAAAGCACGUGAUCUUCAUCAAUAUUUGUCUGACGAUCAAGUUCGGGACAACCUCGGACGUUUCGCCAAAAGUGCCUCCAAAAACGGCGCUCUUUAUCUAGCCCGAUCUUAUGGGGGCGGUCCGAUAAUUGAUAUUGUUUCACGGUCAGUGCAAGAAAAAAAGACUGAUUCAGAGAAGGACAGAAUAAAGGAAUUAGAGACUAAAGUAGCUAAACUUGAAAAGGAGUUAAUCUGUAGGAAAAUAGCUGAGCAAUCAGAAUUACCAAAGGUGGUCACAACAUCUAAAUCUCAAGAUGAGGCCAAUGUUGGUGCAAUUAUGAACCAAACGCCAGAUGAUGUGCUGAAGAUCUUUAUGAUGAAGCCAUUUGUUGGUACAAAACUUUUCAAUAAUCUGAUGAUUCCUGUUGGUGCUGAAUCUAAGAGGAAGGAGAAUCCAGUUUGAAGUAUUGACGGACAAUGUGAGUGAUAAGAUAUUGAUAAACGAAGUAAUUGUUGUUUUAUGUGCUAUUUUAGUUUGGGCCUACGUUGUAUACUUGUAUGUGGUGUAUGCAGAACAUCUCUCUCCCUCACCCGCAAUCCCUCUUUCUGCUUUUCACUAGGUCGACUCGUCUAUGUAAAUUUGCUAUCAUGAAAGAGAGCAAAGCAAGCUAUCAUGCUAAAUUGUGUCA